AUGGCGUCUGAACAAGCGCGACCAAGGGAACCGAUUGGAAACCAGGGUCGGGCAGUUCAGGCGGGCUUCAACAAUGACAAAUAUUCUCUACUAAUUAUUAUCGGAGCGCACCGACGACUGAGCCUUGUCGAAUAUGUUAUGCUAGAAAUUGAAAGAGGCAUCCGCUCCUGGGAUAUUGACCUGAGUGCAUGUAACCUGGAUGAGCACCUCAAGCUCUUUGUGUCCAGGCAUUCCAAUGCCCUGUCUAGUGAUGUCAAAGGUCAGAGGUCAUUACAGUAUAGUUCAGACAUUCUAAACAUCCAUGCUGUGGUCAACCCUUCUGAGGAGUUAGUGUACUCAGAGGUUCACUGGCUCAUAUUAGAUGGAUCUCGUCACAAGUUGCUUAUAUUAACUGGACAGUCAUCAGAGGACUCCGGUGAUUUGCUUCUGCAUACUGGCCAGUUCUCACCACAUGAUUUCAUCCAGAUUUUUGCAGAUGAGGAGAUACGCCAGCUGCUGACUGCUGCAAGUGGGACUGGCAAGGCAGCUCUGACCUUAAGCUGCCCAAAAACUGGGAAGUGGAAGAACUCUGUGUUGGGCAAACAAACCUUGCAGGACAGUAUCGAUAUCAAAAUCAACCCUUUGAUGGUGUUGCCAAAGAUGGAGGGGCUUGAGGAGUUCACAGACUGCAUUUCUGAGUCCAUGGAGCUCCUCUCCCCCUUUGACCUGCUGGAGCCCCCAAACACUGUGGGCUUCCUGAAGCUUUGUCGGCCAUGCUGCUAUGUUUUCCCUGGCGGGAGGGGUGACUGUGCCUUCUUCGCAGUGAACGGUUUUAAUGUCUUGGUUAAUGGUGGAGCCGACACUCGCUCCUGUUUCUGGAAGCUAGUGAGGCACUUGGACAGGGUUGACUCAGUGCUUCUGACGCAUGUUGGCCUAGACAGCUUGCCUGGCGUGAACAGCCUGUUGGAAAGGAAAGUGGCUGAGCAGGACGAGAACGCCACUGAAUCCCAAAUCAAAGAGAAAUGGAUGAAGAAUCUUAUCUCGCCAGAGAUCGGCGUGGUGUUCCUCAAUGCACCGAACCGGCUGAAAAAGGUCCACGGGGAGCCGAAUGUGCUCAGGAGUAGUGAUCAAGUGGCACUCACCUUACGGUACCUGGAGAAGCUAAAAAUCACGCCUGAACCACUUUUGCGCUUAGCAGGAGCUGCAAUCGAACCGGUCAUCCUCUUCCAGAAGAUGGGGGUGGGAUGUUUGGAGCUGUAUGUCCUAAACCCAGCAAAACGCUCAAAAGAUCUUGAGAUGUUCAUGCAUCACUGGCCUGAGAACAGCUCAAAUCCCAAAGGAACAGAGGUGCCCCUGACUAGCCUUGUGUCAGUUUGUGCACUGCUGGUCUGGCAUCCAGCUAACCCACGUGAGAAGAUAAUUCGAGUUCUUUUCCCUGGCUCUACACCGCAGGGGAAAAUUCUGGAAGGUUUGGAAAAAAUCAAACAUCUGGAUUUCCUCAAACGACCAGUGGUGUGCCCCAACGAUUUGGAGUCAUCAAAGUCAGAUAAGAAUCCUAAACGAGCCGAGAGCCAAGACAGCCUCAAGUCCAGCAACUCACGGCCAGGGAGUGCACUUUUCAAGGAGAAGUCACCCCGUGGAGAAGUUAAAAGUGACAAGACCAAAGCCACAACCGAAAGUGACCAAAAGGAGCCAAAGGGAGAGGAAAAGGCAAAAUCCGCUGACAGCAGCAAAAUGCGGGCAACCAAACUGGACAAGCCCGGUGCCACAACUGCUCCACCGAAAUCUGAUAAUGGAUUGAGGAGAACACCGAGUAAAAAGGAACCUACCUCAGGAAGACCUAAGGUAGAUGUAAGAAAUGAUGGAAGAAAGGAUGGAAAGAGGGACUUAAAAACAGAAAAUGGCAAAAAUAAGAAACCUCUCAGCAAGGAUUCUAAGAAAGUUACAGCGUGUCAGUCUGUUGAGCCAAACAAAAAUAACAGUCAAGCAGGCAGUGCAAAAGCAGCAAACAACAGCAAAGAGAUGGAGUGUAAGAAAAUAAACCACAAAUCUAACAAAGACCAGCAAAAUCAGAUCCUGUCCGGUGAUACAGAGGACGCUCCAAAUCGCUCUCCUGUGUCAUCACCAGAGAACCUCACAUCAGAGUUCCUGCGGUUACGUGAGGAAGAAGAUGAGGUUCAUGGCAGAAGAGGAGAGGAGGGUCAUGUUAAAGUUCUCACUGAACACAUGCCCCAAGUACUGUCAGAAUCUGGCCGUGAAUUUGGUGGGCUGGAUGGAACACAGUCCAACUCGGAUGGUGCUGAAGGGGGUUGCUGUAAAGAUGGCAAAGGAGCGCCAUUUCCCUCUUCCUUUGCUAAACCCCCUAAAAGUGACGAAUGCGUAAAUCUGGACCUCACGCCAACUGAGUAUACGUUACUCGAUGGGGCUCUGAAAGAGAAUGCAUCCAAGAAGAAUAGCCCAGAGGAUGCCUGUGGUAGUCCGGACGAAAAGACGCUUGAGUUGACCUCCCCACGGUCCGGCCCAAACAGCGCUGGCCAUACUCCUUACCAUCUGUCACCUGAGGAGAUGUGGUCCUCCAAGAAGAACAGCAGUCUUGGAAGCAAGAUUUCGUGCUUGGGGUCAGACAGCCAAUCAAUGGAAUCUUACAAGAACUCUGAUGCAGGGCCUAUCAAAAGCAACCAAGAGAGCACCUCUACAUCCUCCAAAGACAAACACACAAGCUUCCUGUCCCUGAGUUCCUUCAAAGACAUUGGCCCAGACAUAUCCCCCACAGUGACCACCACACAUUCUAUGCCUGCUGAAGUCUGUUCUCCACAAUCAACAGAAGUGGAUGAGUCAUUAUCAAUGUCUUUUGAGCAGGUGCUUCCACCUGUAAGUGAAUCUAGUAAUGAGGACGAGCAGUCCUACUCUAAUGGACAUUUUGUGGACUCUGACUUCAAAGUGGGAAUGGCCUUGCCCCUGAAGAUUUCCCACGGCAUGAAAAACCAGAAUGAGGGCUCAGAUGGGCGCCCCCUGGCACCACAAGGGCUCAUAUUUGACCCCACUCACGAUGUUGACCUUUGCCUGGUGUCGCCGUGUGAGUUCAAACACUUUAAGCCUGUCGGAAAUCAUCAGCAUCCCCUGUCGCCCAGAGUGGCUAACCCUAGCCCUCACGAAUUCUCAGAUGACAGUGACCUCUCUCAGGAGGUGCCAAAACCCAAGGCGCCAUCUCAUCUGGCCAGCAAGCCUCGUCCAUGUGCACAGGAGACACCGCUGACAUCCACGAGCGAUUACCUGCCCACCGCCUCCGACUCGGACAUGCCUCCGGGCACCGAAGACUGUCCUUCCAUCACAGCCGACGGAGCCCUGGACUCGGAUGAUGAGUGCGGCAUGGCGUUUCUGCCGCAGAACGCCGGUGAUGGUGCACAGAGUCACCUUUCCCUGAAAGGGGGCAAUCCGCUGCCUCAGGACCCCCUACCCACUCCCCUGAAAGACCUUCCCCCGUUGCCGCCUCAGCCUGGCACCUGCAUGCCCGACCCCGGCAGAGGCGUAAGGGUUGCAACAGCGAAGACUAAGAGGUUACCUGUAGCCACUCAGAGGCCUGUGUCCACUUUAGGGCUUGUUCAGGGGAACAAAGUCAAGCCAGGCGGUGCAGGUGCUUCGGGGGGCAAUCUGAAGACCAGCUGUGCUUCAGAGCCCCAGGCAGUUCUUCGUCCCUCAGGUGCUAGAGGAGGUGCAUCACGGCCCACUUCUUCAGGCUAUACCAUUGGCAGCAAGGCUGGAAGUAUUGUAGGCCCACCGAUCUAUUUGGACUUGGCAUAUCUACCAUCUGGCCAUGCAGCCUCUACCGUUGAUGUUGAGUUCUUCACCCGUUUGCGCUCUUCCUGUUACAUCAUCAGCGGUGAUGACUCUCUGAAGGAGACCAUUUUGAGGCCCAUUCUGGAUGCCAUCCUGGAGGGAAAAUCUGUCUGGCCGGAUGAUGUGCCGGUGACUUUGAUACCCACGUUUGAGUCCCUGACCAUUCAUGAGUGGUACCAGCAGAGCCAGGAAAAGCAAAGGAAGCUUGGGGUCACUGUGCUAGGCAGCAACAGCACCGUGGCCAUGCAGGAGGAUACCUUCCCUGCUUGCAAAGUGGAGUUCUGAUGAGCAGACAAAAUCUUACCCAUUUAGUCACAGAGAAACACACACAUACUCUCUCUCUCUCUCUGUCUCUCUCUCACUCUCUCUCUCUCUCUCACACACACACACACACACACAAUAACCACCACACAAAGACUCAAAACUCUCUAUGUGUCACACUCUCUCACACACAAAUACUCACAACUCACUAAGUGAGUAUGUGUCACACUCUCUCACACACACAAAUGUUCUCCUUUAGACUGAAAACUGAUAACUCUGAGCACUGUCUAAUUUAUAGUCUAAUGACAAACAAUUGUGCUUGAUUGGGUUUUCCAAAAGGAUAUAUCAUGUGCACUUUGAAGUGUUGACAGUUAUCAUAAACUAGAUUUGUUUAAAAAAAGACUGUCGUAUAUGUAAGCAAAUAAGUGUUAUAGAAGACUUGUAUGUAGGUACAGUAAUGCAUACACAGUGAAUGACCAGUAAGAGGAGGAAGUGCCUGACUAAGAUGUAUCAUUGGAGGUAAUUCCAAAGUGAUUGUAACAAUGGAAAUCUCUUGGCAACACUAACAUGCAUGAGCUCAUUGUAUAAAACCAAGCGGCAAUGUGAGUCCCUCUGUAGAUAUGAUCUAGAAAGGCUCAGGUCUGUGGUAACAAAUACUUUUUUGUAGGCAUAACACAUAAAAUCUAAGAUUCAUUUUUCCUAUUGAAAACAAAUUCUUUAAAAGAAAGACCAAUCAAAGUCAAUCAAAUUUAGUAAAACCUGUUAUAUAUAUGAAUAUAGAUGAUGUUUAAAAUUAUUCUGAUGCUCUUUAUGUAAACUGAUUAAAAUAGUGGCAGAUGUGAGGACAUUGAUCUGGCAAUCAAUUAUGUUUACUUGGACAAUUAUAAAAUAAACUCUAUAAGAGGUUUUGAACAAAUUGUUAAUAUCUGAAUUGUUAUUUAAUACAGGUGUAGCUUGGUGUAUACAUGUUUUACAUUUUGCAAUACAGAACUAAUGUUGCUGAUGGGAUAUUUUCUUCUGACUGUUUCAUUUUGUGCCUACAGAGUAUUUGACAAAAUGUAAAAUUAACCUUGUGUACUUGUGUGUCUGCUUAUGCGUUGUAUGUAUGGCUUCACAUGAAAAAAUAAUUUAACUUACCGGUAUCUUGAUUUUGUAGCCUACUGUUUUAAAUGGGAUGUGGUUCACCAAACAGGCCAUGAUAGUCAAUUGGUAUACAAUUACAAUUGGUUAGACUAUUACAGUCAUUUUUAUACACAUAAAAUAUAUUUAAUUUCUUUCUUCUUUUUUUUUACUUAGGCCAUAUUGUAGGGUGUAGGCCCUGUCCACUAAGCGACGCUAUUUCCCAUUCUUAGCUGACUACUGUGAUCUGAUAUCUUGUGGUGAGAGUAAAUUGCUGGAUCAAUGUUCAAAGUCUGUUGUUUAUGACCAUUAAAUUAAAGCUACAGAAAAUUUUAGUUUCUCACAGUACCACUACAUACUGGCUAAUAUGAUUUUGUUUAACACAAUGUGAAUGUUUUAAGAAAUAACUUGAAUGGAUUUUACUGUUUAUUUCACUCUUAUUUCACACUCUAAAUGUAUUGGGAGUUUGUUUCUCCAAGUUGUCUUUUCCAACUUAUUUUAAAUGUGAAAAAAUGACCGUAUGUAUACAGCAUCCCCCUUAUCAAGGAUUAAGUCAUGGAUUCUGUUUCAUUCAUUCUAUGUCCCACUGUGUGUGACUGUAACUAUGUGGCAGGCUACAUGAAUUAUAUGCCCAUCUAUUAAAGAACCUUCCUGGAUUUUUCUGAAAUAAGAACUUGUCUUGGCUUAC